AUGGCCCGAAGCGCGGAGCGAGACUGCGGGGGCGCAGGCUGGGGGCUGCGCGGCGCCCUGGCCGCCGUGGCCCUGCUCUCAGCGCUCAAUGCCGCAGGAACGGUGUUUGCGCUCUGCCAGUGGCGCGGGCUGAGCGCAGCGCUGCGGACCCUGGAGGAGCAGCGGGCCAGGGAGCAGCGAGAGGACAGCGCCCUGCGCGCCUUCCUGGAGGAGUUGAGUCGCGCGCCGCGCUGGGCGCCCGCGCCACCUUCAGACCCUGUAGGCGCCGCGCGCAAUAAGCGCAGCCAAAGCGGGGAGCCAGUGCAGCACCUCCGAGCGGAGAGCCAAGACAUGCUGAUGAUGAUGACCUACUCCAUGGUGCCGAUCCGAGUGAUGGUGGACCUGUGCAACAGCACCAAGGGGAUCUGCCUCACAGGACCACCUGGCCCACCAGGACCUCCGGGCGCUGGUGGCUUACCAGGACAUAACGGAUCGGAUGGACAGCCUGGUUCCCAGGGCCCAAAAGGCGAAAAAGGAGCAAAUGGAAAAAGAGGAAAAAUGGGGCUACCUGGAGCCACAGGAAUUCCAGGGCAAAAGGGAGACCCUGGUGAGCUUGGCUUGACCGGAAACGAGGGCCCAGCAGGGCAGAAGGGCGAAAAGGGGGACAAGGGGGACGUGUCCAAUGACGUGCUCCCCACAGGUGCCAAAGGUGACCCAGGCCCACCAGGCCCACCCGGCCCACCUGGGCCCCCAGGCCCUCCAGGUCCCCCAGGGUCCCCUGGAAGAAGAUCCAAAGCCCCUCGGCAGCCAGACAUGUUCAACGGCCAGUGCCCAGGUGAGACAUGUGCUAUCCCCAACGAUGAUACCCUGGUUGGCAAAGCUGAUGAGAAAGUCAGUGAACACCAUUCCCCACAGGCGGAAUCCAUGAUCACUUCCAUUGGAAAUGCAACACAAGUACUAAAAGUCGCAGAGACAUUUGGCACCUGGAUAAGAGAGUCUGCUAAUAAGAGUGAUGAGCGGAUCUGGGUGACUGAACAUUUUUCAGGCAUCAGAGUGAAGGAAUUCAAAGACCAGCCCUCCCUGCUGAACGGCAGUUACUCGCUCAUCCAUCUCCCGUAUUACUUCCAUGGCUGUGGGCAUGCGGUUUACAACAGCGCACUCUACUACCACAAAGGAGGCUCCAACACCAUAGUGAGAUUUGAAUUUGGCAAAGAAACAUCCCAAACUCUGAAGCUUGAAAAUGCCUUGUAUUUUAAUCGAAAAUACCUCUUUGCCAAUUCCAAGACAUACUUCAAUUUAGCUGUGGACGAGAAGGGCCUUUGGAUUAUCUAUGCUUCCAGUGUGGAUGGCUCAAGCAUCCUCGUCGCCCAGCUGGACGAGAGGACCUUCUCUGUGGUGCAGCACAUCAACACCACGUACCCGAAAUCCAAGGCCGGCAACGCCUUCAUUGCCCGAGGGAUCCUCUACGUCACCGACACCAAAGAUAUGAGGAUAACAUUUGCCUUUGAUUUGUUAGGAGGGAAACAGAUCAAUGCAAACUUUGAUUUAAGAACUACUCAGUCUGUUCUUGCCAUGUUAUCGUACAACAGGAGAGACGAGCAUUUAUAUUCCUGGGAAGAUGGCCAUUUAAUGCUUUAUCCGGUGCGGUUUUUAUCAGCUACGUUAAACCAGUGACAGGAUGCAUUCUGUUCCCCUCAGUAA